AUGAAUAAACAAAAAAUCAAGCGUCGAGUGGGUAAAUAUGAGGUGGGAAGGACAAUUGGUGAGGGAACAUUUGCAAAAGUGAAGUUUGCUAGAAAUUCUGAUACUGGGGAACCUGUAGCUCUCAAGAUUAUUGACAAAGAGAAGGUUCUCAAACACAAGAUGGCUGAACAGAUUAAACGGGAAAUAGCAACAAUGAAGCUGAUUAAGCAUCCAAAUGUUGUUCGGUUAUUUGAGGUAAUGGGGAGUAAGACAAAGAUAUUUAUAGUUAUGGAGUUCGUUACUGGUGGGGAGCUCUUUGACAAAAUUGUAAACCAUGGACGGAUGAGAGAAGAUGAAGCACGGAGAUACUUCCAACAGCUUAUUAAUGCUGUUGAUUACUGCCAUAGCAGAGGUGUCUAUCAUAGAGAUCUGAAGCCAGAAAAUUUGCUAUUGGAUGCAUAUGGGAACCUUAAGGUUUCAGAUUUUGGAUUGAGUGCACUGUCCCAACAAGUCAGGGAUGACGGCUUGCUUCACACUACAUGUGGAACUCCAAAUUAUGUUGCUCCUGAGGUCCUUAAUGAUAGAGGCUAUGAUGGGGCGACUGCGGACUUGUGGUCAUGUGGAGUGAUACUCUUUGUAUUGCUUGCAGGUUACUUGCCUUUUGAUGAUUCUAAUCUUAUGACCCUGUAUAAAAAAAUCUCAGCAGCUGAAUUUACUUGCCCCCCUUGGCUCUCUUUUGGUGCCAUGAAGUUAAUAGCUCGAAUUUUGGAUCCCAACCCUAUGACUAAGGAUUACAAGUCACUUGUGUUUGAGGAGAAAGAAGAUACAAACUUGGAUGAUGUAGAAGCUGUUUUUAAGGAUUCAGAAGAGCACCAUGUGACAGAAAAGAAGGAAGAACAACCAGCAGCUAUGAAUGCAUUUGAGUUAAUUUCAAUGUCGAAGGGGCUUAACCUGGGGAAUUUGUUUGAUGUAGAACAGGAAUUUAAGAGAGAAACAAGGUUCACAUCCAAAUGCCCUGCCAAUGAGAUAAUUCAUAAAAUUGAAGAAGCUGCAAAGCCUCUUGGUUUUGACGUACAUAAAAAAAACUACAAGAUGAGGCUUGAAAACAUGAAAGCUGGAAGAAAGGGAAACCUUAAUGUUGCCACAGAGAUAUUUCAAGUGGCACCUUCUCUUCACAUGGUUGAGGUGCGAAAAGCCAAAGGGGACACCUUGGAGUUCCACAAGUUCUAUAAGAACCUCUCUACAUGCCUGGAGGAUGUUGUUUGGAAGACUGAGGAGGAUAUGCAAGAAGUGAAGUAA